AUGUUGCAAGACAUACAUGCGGAUAUCAAGGAGCACAUAAACAGAGUAGAAGAGAAAGUUGACAAAGAGAUAACAGAGAAAAAAGUGGAGGAGAUGGACUAUAGGCUGACAAGAUUUGAUAAAAAUCAGGAAGGAGCCAACGUAUUGUGGGAGAUGGAAAGAUCUGAAUUCUAUCUAAAACUCCAGAACAUAGAAGAGGAGAAAGGAGAGAAUUUAGCAGAGAAGAUCGCAGAAAUUCUCUCAGUGGCUACAAAAAUGAGUAAGGAAUAUAUUCUAGGCAGAAUGGAUGAGACUUUUAGAGCUCCUUUUCGUCUGCGUUGGCCUCCUGUAGCCCCCUGUCAGCAGGAGCUCUGUUUUGAUGGCAGAGGGUUGCAGGAGGCUGUUGCGACCAAAAAUGGAACCUUGAUGAGUGACUUCGAGUUGGCUACGCUAAUCCUGGACAUGCCUAUCCCAGCCAUGCCCAUCUCGGCUAUGCCCAUCCCGGGCAUGAAUAUUGUUAUCCUGUCCUGUAACUCUGCAGCUAUUGAUUCUAUUGCAAUUGUCUUCCAGAAUUUGGAAUUGGCUUUAAGAGAAGCAAGGGGACAAGUGGAAGUCCUGCACAAUAGAUGUGAUGACCUGGCAUCUCAGCUGGUGAUUAAACAGACUGAAUUAACACAAAAGGAUUUGGAUGUGGCCAGAGCUAAGAAAGAAUUGCAGGAGCUGCAGAAUCUCUACAAACAAAACACGGAACAUGCAGCACAGCAGGCAGAGCUGAUCCAGCAGCUUCAGGCUCUCAAUACAGAUACGCAAAAAGUACUGAGAACUCAGGAGGAUGCUCACACAGCUGAAACGAUAUCAUACCAAAAACUUUAUAAUGAAUUGACAAUAUGUUUUGAAAAACUCAAAGCAAGUGAAGUUCAGCUCCGGCAAAAUCAAGUUCCUCUCCAAGAUAAAUUAUUUGAAAAAGAACAACAUAUCAUUCAACUAGAAAAGCAACUUCAUGAGGCCUUCUGUUCUGCAUCUUCAUUAUCCUACCAGACUUAUCCAGAACCAAGAAAGGGGGAAUUCCAACAGUAUUCUUUAACAGAACUAAAAUACUUCGUAAUGUCUCAAAAGACUGAAAUACAGCAUUUGCAAAAAAAAUUGAAACGAACAAAUCGUUCACUGGCAAAUCAUAGUCUUUGCAGUAGAGAUUGCUUGGAUUGCAUCAGUACUAGGGCUGGGAAAAAAUACAAGAAACCACCUGUGAAACGUUCAAGGUCUCUGUCCCCAAAGAGCUUUUUGAAAGAGUCAGAAGAACUAAGGAAGCUCAAAAUAGCUGAAGGAAAGAUUGAAAACUUAGAAAAGGCACUACAACUAAAGAUUCAAGAAAAUGAUGAGCUGAGACAAGCCCAUGAAAAACGUAAGAAACGUCUGCAGAUGUUACAGAUCAAUUACAGCACAGUAAAAAAUCAAUUAAAGGAAUUGGACGAAGAUUAUGGCAAGCCUGGAAACAGUAAGAAUGGAAAAGAGC